AUGACGUCGAUAUUCGACGUCAUAAACACCAUCAAGUUUGGUGUUUAUGACGUCGAUAUUCGACGUCAUAAACACCAUCAAGUUUGGUAUUUAUGACGUCGAUAUUCGACGUCAUAAACACCAUCAAGUUUGGUGUUUAUGACGUCGAUAUUCGACGUCAUAAACACCAUCAAGUUUCAUGUUUAUGACGUCGAUAUUCGACGUCAUAAACACCAUCAAGUUUGAUGUUUAUGACGUCGAUAUUCGACGUCAUAAACACCAUCAAGUUUGGUGUUUAUGACGUCGAUAUUCGACGUCAUAAAUACCAUCAAGUUUGGAUAAGGUUCCUGGCGGUGAGGGCAAGGUUCCUGGCGGUGAGGAGAAGGUUGCUGGCGGUGAGGACAAGGUUCCUGGCGGUGUGGACAAGGUUCCUGGCGGUGAGGAGAAGGUUCUUGGCGGUGAGGACAAGGUUGCUGGCGGUGAGGAGAAGGUUGCUGGCGGUGAGGAGAAGGUUGCUGGCGGUGAGGAGAAGGUUCCUGGCGGUGAGGACGAGGUCCUGGCGGUGAGGACACGCACUCAAACUUGUAAGUUAUGAUGUAGUUUUUAACUGACAGGUAGAGAAAUGAGAGACGUAGUCUUAAUAAACGUAGUCUGUACCAUGCAUUAAACGUAGUCUUAAUAAACCUAUUAUUAUUAUAUUAUUUUAUGAGAAUCUAGUUUUCCGUGAAAUUGCUUUUUUAAGACACGUGUAUCGUGAAACGGCUUUUUUUCCUUGUGAAACGUGAUCCAUACCCCCCCCCCCUUUCCCACCCUCAUUCAACUUAGAUGGUUAUGCCGUUGAAACACAUUGUAUGCUUGUAGCAACUUGAUAAAAUAACAGCAUUGUUACAACUUGUUGACAAGCUUCUUAGAAAGUUGUCGGAGAUAUUUAUGUGUACGAAAUUAAAUCAUAAAUUACAGACAAUUGCUUUGUGUAGCCUUUCUUUAUUGUGAGACAUUCAUUCUUUUGCAUACAGCUGCCUGAACAGCCAAUAUCGCGCGUAUAUAUUACGUCUGAAAAUUUAAGCCAAAUUUUCGAAGGACGAUGGGAAGUUAUAAAAUCAAAUUCUUAGAAUCACCAUCAUUACUUUUGUGUUUAUAAACUUUACAAUCAACUCUAAACGAUCGAAAGUAGAGACAACAGGACUGAGGGGUCCCAAAAAUUACAAUAGUUGUCAUGUAACGAGACACUUUGUAAAGCUUUUGACUGUUGUACUUCAUAAUAUGCAAAUACUGCGGCGAGGACUGUUUUCUGUUUACAAAUGACAUCAUUGUACAAUUUAGAUUUUAGGGAAUUUUAACUGUCGUACACUGAGGCAGAAGGCAAACGAAAUUGAAAUAAAGCUAUAAAGAAACCCAAAGUGUUUGUACAGAACAGGUCAGACGACUGAGAGAAGACUCUUAACGGCGACAUCUGUUGAAAAUUCGUUACAAUUUGUGGGAAAAGCGAAGUUGAAAGUAUUUCAAGCGAGGUAAGAAUAGAUUUAAUCAUGCGUGUCUGCCACAUAUAAUUGACAUAAAUAUGUUGAACGGAAAACAGUUAAAGAUUGUGAAAUUCGAAAUGAAAUAUAUUAUAUAUUGAUUAUAAGAGUUGACAUGGUUUGACGUAGUAUUAAAAAAUUUAACAAAUAUUGCCAGAUUUUAAACAGUCAACGUUUUUGAAUUUCAAGAGUCAGACAUUCACGGUUAGUAUAGCAUAACGGAAGUUAAUUGAUUUAAAGUUCCGUGCUCAUUUUUGUUGGAACACAUAUAAUAUGUCAAAUAUUUUGGAGUAUAUAAGUAUAUAUUUUGUGGUCUGAUAUGUUUUGAAAAUUUAUCUUUGAAACCACUGAAAUACAACUUCAGAUAUUCAUUUGUGAAAGCAAAGCUAAAGGGCCUAUUAUAAGAUUAUUUUGCUACAACUCUGUCUCUGAUUAUUUAAAUUGUUGUUUUUUUAGUGCUUUCAACUGAAAGAAACGAUAAGAAACUUUUGUUGCUGGUUAGUAUAAUGGAACAGGAAAAUAAAGACAAUUUCCUUGUUCCAACUUCUCAAUUCAAAGAAUCUGGCAUUUUCGAAGAAUUUGCAAGCUAUUUAUUGGAAUUAUCCCCAACAUUAUUUUCAAAGCUACGUACCGGAUGCGUGCAUGACACGACGGAGGUUACCGCUGAUACAAGUGAACGUGGACGCAUCGUAGAACUCGAAAGCGAGGCCGGUGACACGUCGGAAAAUAAUUCUGACGAAGUUGAUCAGUGGAACGAAGCUAUGAAAAUGUUUUUCAAAAGUGGCAAUCUGAGCAUGCCUUUUGAAGUUUUUACGAACAUUUUGAAAUAUCCACUAACUUUAUUCCGCAAGCCGGCGAAAGUGAUUUACAAACCCAGCAAAGCCUACGAAAAUAUUUUAGCACAUCUCAUUUAUCUUGAGGACAAUGGGGACUUCGAACAGUCCGAUAGUUAUUCGAACGAGAUGAUGGAAAAAUAUCGCGAAAAGGAAGAUUUUGAUAUUGUUGCAGGCGUAACAUUAAGACGGGCACAAUGCGCCCUGUAUAGGAACGAUUUAGAUACAGUCCGACGUCUCGCGCGCGAAGCCCACGAACUCGCGGGACGCACGCGAUUUCCCCCAGUUUUCCACGCGCAAGCUUUUCUCAUCAUGAGCAGCGUUUCAAGGUACAGACGCAAAUUGGGAGAAACGAAGAAGUACCUCGAUCUAGCUGAGCAAAGUUUCGAGUCGGGUUACAGUAUCGAGGAAUUUUCCCAUUUUCAUGAACUAUACGGCAGCUAUCUUGAUAUAUUUCUAGGAAUUUCCCCCAAACCGGACGAACAGGUUAAGGAACUUGCUCUGACCAGUUUCACGAAGAUGGGCGAAGUCGGUUCGCAGCAUUCCAAAGCGCGCGUGAAUGAUAAAAAACGAUUUUACGCCAUGAUUAAGAGUGCAAGGAUCCUGUUGGAUUCGAAUUCAACGUUUGGGCGAAAACAACGAACAGUGACAAAACAUUCUGUUCACCUCGCCGCGGAGCGCCUCGGGGUUAUAAAGCGCGAACUCCUGGGCAGCGUACCACGUGGGUCUAAAAUUCAAUUCCAAUUGGUCGAAAGCGAUUUGUAUUUCAGACAAGGUAAAUUCGAAGAUGCUGUAGAAUUGCUGAAGAAAAGUUUGGUCGAGGCAAAAGAGUUUGGCUUUAAAACGGAGGAGCCAAAGAUCACACAGGUAGGAAAAUUGCUUUAGAAUUUAACCUAUGCAAAAAUCCCACUCUUGUCACAAAAACUUGGAUAGUGCAGUCAAGUCAAGUGUGAACCAGCCAUCUUUAUAAUAAACCCGGCGUACUAAAUGAUAAUCGAUGAGUAUCCUAAUCAAUCAAUACCAAUCGGUACUAAUAUUAAUCGAUUAAUAUUGGAAAUCGAUGAAUAAUCGAUGGCUUGUUAAUCAGGGCAUUUUUUAACUACAUAACUACUGGGACUCAUUUACCCGAGUAAGCCCUUCGUUUGCCCCUGUAGUGAAGCAAGAUUCUCAGAUGAACUCGGCCCUUUUGAUUAGGCCACAUAAAAAAAAUUACUUGUUUAGCGUCAACCCAUUUUAAUUUUCCUAGGUCGGGCGGGCGGAUUUUUUUUUUUCUUCGUAAAAUGCAACACAAAAUUCUGCUAAAUGCAGGAAAUCCAGUAUAUUACCACAGUCAAAACUCACUUUAAUUCUUUCAAAAUCCGUUCAUGUUUUUAAUAAAACAGAAAUGAUUACCGUUUGGCGGUCACGCGCGAACACUUUAGCUGCGAGGAAGGAGUAAACGUAUUACAUAGCUCCCAGAAGAAUAAAAUCACCAUUUUUUCAAGUAAAACGGUCUUUUUUAUAGAGAGUUUUUGCACUAAACUCGGACGGAUAAAAAAAAAAAAAAAAAAAAAUUGGAGGUCGGGGACUUUUAUCAGGUCGGGCGGGGACGCUAAACAAGUAAUUUUUUUUAUGUGGCCUUAUUAGUAUUUUUAUUACUAAACUUAGUAUUUUGAAAAAACUGCAUCAGUCUGCUUUCUCACACUCUCGAGGUCAACCAAGGGGUUAUGACCGACAGGCGACAUUCUUUAAAAAGAGGUGACAGACUAUAUAAAAAGAGCGACAAACGACAGCUUCUGACUGGGAAAAAGCGACAAAUUGCGAUUUGUGUUAUGGGUCAAAAGUGAUAGCGACAUUUAUUACAAUAAAACAAGCGACAAAGCAGCUACAAAAUGAAUGACAAGCGACCUGGGUUACACCCUUGGUGGGCCUCAUUCUCGACAUUCCAUCUUAUAAAAGUCACGGGUGGGCGGUGGAUGGAUGUGGGUGUAACAGAACACCCCCAGUUGUCAGGUAGUCGGCAAAUUAUCCAAUCCCAGUUGGAUAGGAAGGAAAGAAACUAAAAUAUUUGAGUGACACCUAUUAAAAACUAUUAUUUAUUACAAAUUUCACCAUUAAAACUUUGUUUUGAGCACAGUAGCCCAAUCUUGCAAGGGUCAGUACAGUAAUGUGUAUUAUUGUAAAAAUAUGUCAUAAAAUAUAAAUUUUAACAUGAAAUUGACUUACCUGUUCGAUAGUGUGUAUAUUCUUCUUUUAUUCCUUUUUUGUUGGACUAAUAUUUUCCGAGACUUUGGAAAAUAUCGGUCCAACAAGGAAUAAAAGGAGAAUACACACUAUCAAGUGGGCAAGUCAAUAAAAUUUUCUUUUAUAUUUUCAGCGAAUACAAGAAAUUGAGCAUCUCGUGGACAAAAACAUUAAUGUCAUUGAACAAACGUUAGAUGAACGGGCAGAAAGUAGCAAUACGAGUUAUGACAGCGAAACUUCGCAAAAUGAAGAAAGUGAUGUAUUUAGUUCAGAAUAUUUGUAA